AUGGCGGAGAGGGAGCCCAAGUCCAACAACGCCUCCGAGAUGGCGCCUCACGCUGCUUCCCGGAACAAAAUGGAUCCUCCUGGGGAACCUCCAAAACCCAUCUCCUUCGUAGGGGCAAAACCGGGCUCCCUCUACCCGGAGACUGAAGAAAAAGUUUCACUUCUGGGGCUGAGGCAGUGUUUCCCCUCGUCCACUUGUGGGGCAGCAGCAGCCAUGGGGCCUGAUUGGAUCCUCCCAGUGACGCUGGUGCUUCUGCUGGGGCCACCGCUGGUCUCCGGAGGGGGAGGGAGGCAGGAGUCCCCAGCCUCACGGCGGUUCCUGGCCCAGGACAAGUUCGAGUGCCGCUUCUCCAACGCGACGGGGCGGGAGCAGGUGCGCCUCCUGUACAGGUACAUCUACGACCGGACGGAGAUCGCGCGCUUCGACAGCGCCCUGGGCCGGUACGAGGCCCUCACGGUGCUGGGGGAGCCCGCAGCCGAGUACUGGAACAGCCAGGAGGAGGUACUCGCGGUCAAGCGGAGAGAGGUGGACUCCUUCUGCCGGUACAACUACGAGAAGAUCUACGGCCCCUUCGCGCACGGGCGGCGCGUCAAGCCCGUGGUCACCGUCUCCCCCACCAAGGACGACCCCCUCUCCCCCCGCACACUGCUGCUCUGCACCGCGGCCAGUUUCUAUCCCCGGGAGAUCAAGAUCCACUGGCUGAAGAACGGGCGAAGGGCAACAGAGGGGGUCUUAUAUGGAGAGGAGUUGCACAACGGGGACUGGACAUACCAGAUCCAGGUGAUGCUGGAGGACACGCCCCAGCGUGGAGACGUCUACGCCUGCCAGGUGGAGCACGCCAGCCUGAAGACACCCCUCAUCGUGCGGUGGGAGCGACGGACUUCCGCGUCUGCCAGGAGCAAAGUGUGGACAGGGGUCACUGGGGCCCUGCUGGGCAUGGUCUAUCUGGCCGUGGGGCUCUCCCUCUACCUGAGGAGCAAGAAAGCGUCUCCCGUCCAGCAACCUGCAGCGCUCAUCGGCUAGUCCUCCAGAGCACAGGCGGAAAAGAAGAUACUUCAAUUCUUCCUGCUGGAGCUCAGUUUUUCUAUUCUGUCCUUGUGAGAUGUGUAG